CCUACCUAACGACCUACGCAACCGCAGGAACCUAGCCCGGGGCGGGUACUCCUCGAGUCCAGUUCCAGACUUGCAAGGGCAAGCCCGGCUCCGGCACUCCUUUCGCGAGUUUCUGCACCGCGGGUGGCGAUGAGCUCGCACGACGGGGGGGGAGCGACAGGGGAGGGGAAGUCGCUUGGGGCCCGUCGUGCUCGACUCAACCAGUUGAAGGCCGACCCGUUGCCCUCCGCAAGGCCCCCGCCGCCGGAGAUCGUGUUUGGUAUAGGCCACCCGGCAAGGCGUCUCAGGGGACGCGCCGCGCUCGGGCCCAGUCCAAUCUCCAGCGUCGAUAGCAGAGCCGCAGUUGACAGGGGCGCGACACUCCCUCCGGUCAAAAAGGGGGGAAGGGGACGGCUCCGGCAGGUCGCAGUCGAUGACGAGUCCUUGGUCGUGAGCGUGGAGGGGGUGGGGUCCCGGUCUGGUUGUCGUGGCCGCGAACCCGAGCUCCUCCGCGGCAAUGGGCGCUCGGAGACCCAGACGGGCCGCCGCGAAGCUUCUCCGGGGGCCGGGCGUCGCGCGACGCAGCGUGCGUGUAGAUGGCGCGAGGUAGAUCAGGAGCCGCCGCCGUUGAGCCCCUCGUCGAUCUCCCCUGGAUUGAGCGCGCGCCAGGGCCGCGAACGAUCACGUUGAUGCCGCCGACACGCCUAGCGCGCCGAUCGAGGGUGGGCUUUGAUCUCAGGGGGGCGGCGGUAGGCCGCCGGGUCCCACAUCACCUCUGCGGCGUCGCGAGUCGAUUUGCGACCGCUCGCCGGUCGCGACGCGUCGAGCUCAAUCCAGGCGACGCCGCAGAUACAACGCCCGCCCGCGGUAGCGGCCGGCUUCCAUCGAGCCACGGUAGCGGCCACUGGAAAUCAAGUAACAGGCGGGUCGCCGAGGCCACGGCCGCGUCCCCCUGAAAUUAGCACGCGUCGUGGACUCAGUAGACCGAGGCGACGCCGUAGGCCGUCGGGCGUAGAAUUCGUGGUCGUUCUUUACAAGGCCGCCUAUCAUCGUGUCAGUUGUCACGGUCGUCACGGCCCCGCGCCGUCGCUGUAUCGCGCGGCCUGCCGCCCGCGCGCGUCGCACUUGCCCUAGGCGACGCCGCGGACGAGGGCCGCGCGGUCCGCGACCGCCGGUUGCGAUCGCCUCGUGUCGGCUCGAGGGCCGGCGUUAGGUUGGGAGAGGAGAACGAACGCGUCGAGUCGAGCGGCGCCCGACGCAACCCCAGAUCAACGCCAAUCCGUCGAGGACUACGGGGCCGACGUCUCGACGGCAGGGCGUCGGAUGCCGAGAAGCUCGUCCGGGCACGAAACCCGUCGAGUAAACCCCGCACGGCGUUGCACGCCCCUCGUCGAUCUCCCCUGGAUUGAGCGCGCGCCAGGGCCGCGAACGAUCACGUUGAUGCCGCCGACACGCCUAGCGCGCCGAUCGAGGGUGGGCUUUGAUCUCAGGGGGGCGGCGGUAGGCCGCCGGGUCCCACAUCACCUCUGCGGCGUCGCGAGUCGAUUUGCGACCGCUCGCCGGUCGCGACGCGUCGAGCUCAAUCCAGGCGACGCCGCAGAUACAACGCCCGCCCGCGGUAGCGGCCGGCUUCCAUCGAGCCACGGUAGCGGCCACUGGAAAUCAAGUAACAGGCGGGUCGCCGAGGCCACGGCCGCGUCCCCCUGAAAUUAGCACGCGUCGUGGACUCAGUAGACCGAGGCGACGCCGUAGGCCGUCGGGCGUAGAAUUCGUGGUCGUUCUUUACAAGGCCGCCUAUCAUCGUGUCAGUUGUCACGGUCGUCACGGCCCCGCGCCGUCGCUGUAUCGCGCGGCCUGCCGCCCGCGCGCGUCGCACUUGCCCUAGGCGACGCCGCGGACGAGGGCCGCGCGGUCCGCGACCGCCGGUUGCGAUCGCCUCGUGUCGGCUCGAGGGCCGGCGUUAGGUUGGGAGAGGAGAACGAACGCGUCGAGUCGAGCGGCGCCCGACGCAACCCCAGAUCAACGCCAAUCCGUCGAGGACUACGGGGCCGACGUCUCGACGGCAGGGCGUCGGAUGCCGAGAAGCUCGUCCGGGCACGAAACCCGUCGAGUAAACCCCGCACGGCGUUGCACGCCCCUCGUCGAUCUCCCCUGGAUUGAGCGCGCGCCAGGGCCGCGAACGAUCACGUUGAUGCCGCCGACACGCCUAGCGCGCCGAUCGAGGGUGGGCUUUGAUCUCAGGGGGGCGGCGGUAGGCCGCCGGGUCCCACAUCACCUCUGCGGCGUCGCGAGUCGAUUUGCGACCGCUCGCCGGUCGCGACGCGUCGAGCUCAAUCCAGGCGACGCCGCAGAUACAACGCCCGCCCGCGGUAGCGGCCGGCUUCCAUCGAGCCACGGUAGCGGCCACUGGAAAUCAAGUAACAGGCGGGUCGCCGAGGCCACGGCCGCGUCCCCCUGAAAUUAGCACGCGUCGUGGACUCAGUAGACCGAGGCGACGCCGUAGGCCGUCGGGCGUAGAAUUCGUGGUCGUUCUUUACAAGGCCGCCUAUCAUCGUGUCAGUUGUCACGGUCGUCACGGCCCCGCGCCGUCGCUGUAUCGCGCGGCCUGCCGCCCGCGCGCGUCGCACUUGCCCUAGGCGACGCCGCGGACGAGGGCCGCGCGGUCCGCGACCGCCGGUUGCGAUCGCCUCGUGUCGGCUCGAGGGCCGGCGUUAGGUUGGGAGAGGAGAACGAACGCGUCGAGUCGACCGGCGCCCGACGCAACCUCAGAUCAACGCCAAUCCGUCGAGGACUACGGGGCCGACGUCUCGACGGCAGGGCGCCGGAUGCCGAGAAGGUCGUCCGGGCACGAAACCCGUCGACUAAACCCCGCACGGCGUUGCACGGCGUUGCACGGCGCGUUGUGCCGCGGCGCCGGU